GGAGUAGAAGCAGGAGGUUUUCAACCUAGUGACAGUAACAGCAGACUCUACCCCUCCUUCUUUCCACACCUGCAAACUCUUUUGCUUGGGCUGAAUAUUUAGUGUAAUUACAUCUCAGCUUUGAGGGCUCCUGUGGCAAAAACCCGGAUUAAAAGGUUCCCAGGUUGUGAAAAUAUACGAGCUAAACCAUGAAGGCAACCAUCAUUUUUCUCCUGCUUGCACAAGUUUCUUGGGCUGGACCCUUUGAACAGAGAGGCUUAUUUGACUUUAUGCUUGAAGAUGAGGCCUCUGGGAUUGGCCCGGAAGAGCGCGCAUCUCCUGAGUUUCCAGAGCUGUCCGGCCCGGGACCUGUGUGUCCAUUCCGCUGUCAAUGUCACCUUCGAGUUGUUCAGUGUUCUGAUUUGGGUCUGACGAAAGUGCCCACUGAUCUUCCACCCGACACAACGCUGCUGGACCUGCAAAACAACAAAAUAACUGAGAUCAAAGAUGGAGACUUUAAGAAUCUGAAGAACCUUCAUGCAUUGAUCCUUGUCAACAACAAAAUUAGCAAAAUCAGCCCUGGAGCAUUUGCACCUUUGAUGAAACUGGAACGACUUUAUCUGUCUAAGAAUCAUCUGAAGGAAUUGCCAGAAAAAAUGCCCAAAACUCUUCAGGAGCUUCGAGCCCAUGAGAACGAGAUCACCAAAGUGCGCAAAUCUGUGUUCAACGGACUGAAUCAGAUGAUUGUCAUAGAACUGGGCACCAACCCACUGAAGAGCUCCGGAAUUGAAAAUGGAGCCUUCCAGGGAAUGAAGAGACUGUCCUACAUCCGCAUCGCUGACACCAACAUAACCUCCAUCCCUCCAGGUCUCCCACCUUCCCUUACUGAGUUACAUCUUGAUGGAAACAAAAUCAGCAAAGUUGAUGCAUCUAGCCUGAAAGGACUGAAUAACUUGGCUAAGUUGGGGCUGAGUUUCAACAGCAUCUCUGCUGUUGACAAUGGUUCUCUGGCCAACACACCACAUCUGAGGGAGCUUCACUUGGACAACAACAAGCUUAUCAAGGUGCCUGGAGGGCUAGCGGAGCACAAGUACAUCCAGGUCGUUUACCUUCAUAACAACAACAUUUCUGCAGUUGGAGCAAAUGAUUUUUGCCCACCAGGAUACAACACCAAAAAGGCUUCUUACUCAGGUGUGAGCCUCUUCAGCAACCCUGUCCAGUACUGGGAGAUCCAGCCCUCCACCUUCCGAUGUGUGUAUGUGCGCUCUGCUAUCCAACUCGGAAACUACAAGUAACUCCGAGAGAGCUCUCACUUUCAGAAUCCGGUCAAAUCCUGCCGGUGUCAGUGCUAAAAGAAAAACAAUAAAGUGAAAUUUUAAAGAGUGAGAAUAAAUGCUAGAUAUUGGAAACUGUACUGUGGUUGUUUUUCCCACAUGACUUGCUAUACAUAAAGCUAAAUGUGCAGUUCAAGUAAUUGCCUAUAAUAAAAAUUAUUUGCCUGCCAUCAUCAGAAUCAUUUGUUAAAGUUUCUGUUAAUGUUAAUUGAGCUACUAUAGGUAUCUUUAUUUCACCAAAUGUAAAAUUUGGAGAAAUUAUAUAUAGAUGUCAAAAAUUACUAAAGCUUUUUUCUAUUAAUUUUUUGGAAAGAACAAAAUGAAAACAGUAUCGUUCUUCUGUAAUUCAUAGGGCAAUUAGUUGCUGCAACGUAAAGUUAAAUGCCAGAUGCUAGUUCUGUGUUAAUCUCCAUUAUUGGUAAAGCCUUAUUUGAAUAUGUGAAUUCAAUACAGAUUAUGUAAAAUUUUUUUCUAAUGUCUUUAUUUUGAAAAAAAAAUAAAUUAAAAUGCAUUCAAAAUUGAUAUGGUAUAAAAGCUUAAUUGUAAAUAUUCCCUAAAUUGAACUUUUUGAAAUGA